ACUGCGAGUCGUGGUGUUGCGGCUCUGGAAUGCCGCCCGUCCACUUUCGACCACCUCGCCUCAAACAAACAACAGCAGUCGAUGGACGGAUCCCGCGGGUAGCUGUCACCGCUCCACUCCAGGUCACGAAGCGGGUAAGGGUCCGACCAUGGCCACGGCUCACACAGUUCUGCUGCUAGCAGUGUACAUCCUCCUCAUCACGGAGUUCCUGCUGGCCUCCCAGGACUUCUACCACAUCCUUGGGCUGCCCAGGGACGCCUCAGAGCGACAGAUCAAGAAGGCCUUUCACAAACUGGCCAUGAAGUACCACCCCGAUAGAAACAAGAGCCCAGACGCCGAGUCCAAGUUUAGGGACAUAGCCGAGGCCUACGAGACGUUGUCGGAUGAUAGGAGACGGCGGGAGUACGACCAGCUGGGGGGUCAAGGCCCCUUCCCCGGGCGGGGCAGCGACCACAGCGGCGGGGCCAGAGCCGGCCACAACGCCAACUUCCACCAGUACUUCCAGUCCUUCAACUUUGACGAACUUUUCAAAGACUUUGACCAGUUCGGACAGCCACACCACAAUCACAACCAGCAUCACCAGCACCAACACCACCACCACCACCACUCGGACCCCCAUUCCCAGGCCUACGCCCAUUCCCAAGCCCACCAGAAGAGACACUUUGACGGACACUUCCAGGCCCACCAGGAGGCCGUCAACGCACACAAGAGACAGUUCCAGCAGGGGGGCUUUGGAAGAGCAGGAGCAGCAGCAGGAGCAGGAGGGGGGGGGGUCUUCGACAACAUGUUUGAGGACCUGGAGAAGAUGUUCUCGUUCAACGCGCACGGGUCCAGCAGGUUCCAGGGGGGGACGGGUAAACAGCACUGCAGGACGGUCACCCAGCGCAGGGGCAACUUGGUGUCCACCUUCACGGACUGCUCCUCCUAGUACCCCCACAACCAUAACAACGCUCUUCUCUUACCCCUGGCCACGUCCAAGCUUUCAUUAAAACUUCUGGUUGAGGAACUUGACGUGACUUUAAUUGUAGUGGGGUGGUUUUAAUGGUAGGGUCACCAAGAACAAAUCUUUUGAAUUAGGUGGAAUUUUUUUCCACGACUGAGUCAAAGCAAUGGCUCAUACGGUUUUCAUUCAUGGAAUUGCGACUUCAACUCUAGACAUAGAUUAAUUUUUUCGGGGUUUUGUUAACAUACAUACUUUGGCUUUGCGCAUUGUGUGCAUGUGAAGGUGAACCUUCGCUCUCAGGUUGGACGCAAUAUUUGAUAUGAUUUUUCAUUUGAGAUGUAGAAAGCUUGAUGGGCCAUGGAAGCAAUAAUAUCCAUCUAGACUUUCUUCAAGCAGUCUUUUCUACCACUGCGUAAUCGUACGCACGGCAAUAUCGCUCCAACAUACCCAUCAAUCUCUUUUUUGAAAUUGUUAUAUCACAGCCUUUUGUAGAGGUUGUUAUACACAAGCAACUACAAUCGAGUGUUUUUUUGUGAAAUUAUACAAUCUUUUUUUUCUCUAACGAAUUCAGUGUCUGAAUAAGACAUUUUGUUUUGGAUUGUCGUGGUGUGAAAGUGGAAUUUUGUAACUCAUGAAUGGUCAUGGUUUAUCAUUGCCAACUGUUACCUCAUUUAAGUAAUUAUUUUCUUCUGCAGAGUCUGUCUGCCUCAGUCAGGGAAUUAAUGACAGGAAUAUCCCAAUGCUGUGGUUCUACAACACCUAUUAUAACUUUGGCACAUUAGCUGUGCUGAUGGUACCAAUGCAUUUUAUUUUGUAAUGGUAAUUGGCUACUAGACCAUGUUCAAAUGUGAUGACUGGUCACCGAGGGGCGAACAAUGGUUGGUUACUUUCCUGUACUGACAUUAUGUGCAAUAUUUGCUUCCCAUGCUCUUCCCAGACAGUGCUGCAUGACAGUGUCAUUGUCGAAUGUUUGCACUUUGUAUGCGUGUGUGUCUUUGUUGCAUUAUGUCUGUAUGAGUGUUUGGUGAAUUAGAAAAUAAACUGCAAAUUGUAAAAGCAUUUGAAAUCAAAA